GAAAAGCUGGAGAUUGGGGGCUGCAGGGUGCAGAAGAUCUCGACUGACACAAGGCAGCCGGCCAGCCUUCUGCCCAUCUAUCCAUUUCCACGCGUGGGGGUCAGCCUGGCCCUUUCGUGGAUCGUUUCCCACCACUGUCGCCUCUCUCAUCCGGUGCUGCGAGGACACCAUGACGUUUGCUGACGUUUUGGACAAUGUCGGAGGAAUGGGGCGUUUCCAAAGGACGCUGGUGAGCUUCUUGGCCAUCCCGCUCUUGAUGCUGGCCAGCCAUAACCUCCUGCAAAAUUUCACCGCCGGGAUCCCUCAGCAUCACUGCCAGAUCCGCCUCUCCUCCAACGACACGCGCCAGGGCAACAGCACCGUCCGAAACCUGGGGGCUCACCAGCUGCUCCGGAUCGCCGUCCCCACGGGCCCGAACCAACAGGCCGAGAAAUGCCGGCGUUUCGUGGCCCUGCAGUGGCGCUUCCUGGACUCGAACGCGACUCUCAGCAACGAGACCGUCUUGGACACCGAAGCAUGUGUGGACGGCUGGACCUACGACCGGAGCUUGUUCACCAACACGAUCGUCAGCGAGUGGAAUCUAGUGUGCGAAUCUCGGUCACUGAGGCAAAUGGCCCAGUCCAUUUACAUGGCCGGCGUGUUGAUCGGAUCGCUGCUGAUCGGAAAUCUCUCGGACAGAUUCGGCAGAAGAGCCCUGAUCAUUUGGUGUUACCUGCAGAUGGGGGCCGCCGGGGCUGGCACGGCCUUCGCGCCCAAUUUCACCAUUUACUGCAUCCUCCGGUUCCUGUGCGGGAUGGCGAUGUCAGGCAUUUCGCUCAAUUCCGUCUCUCUUUGCAUGGAGUGGAUCCCCAGCAAAUACCGGGCCAUCGUGGGGACGAUCAACGGCUACAGCUACACGACUGGGCAGUUCAUCCUGGCCGGGGUGGCUUAUCUCAUCCGUGACUGGCGUUGGCUCCAGCUGGCCGUCUCCCUCCCUUACUUCGUCUUCUUCCUCUACUCCUGGUUUUUCGUCGAGUCCGCCCGCUGGCUGGCCAUUUCGGGCAAGCAGGAGAAGGCGGUGAAGGGGCUGAAGAAGGCAGCCUGGAUAAACGGGAAGAAGGAAGAAGGCAAUAAACUUAGCGUCGAGGUUUUGAAAGCCAGCAUGCAGACGGAGCUGUCUUCCACAAAAUCCAGUCACAACAUGGGCGAUCUGGGGCGGACGCCUGCCAUGCGCAAGAUCUCCUGCGGCGUGAGCUUGGUUUGGUUUGCCACCAGCUUCGCUUAUUAUGGGCUGGCCAUGGACUUGCAGAACUUCAACUUCAACAUCUACCUGACCCAGCUGGUCUUUGGGGCCGUCGACAUCCCUGCCAAGUUCAUCUCCGUCCUGACCAUCAUGUAUGUGGGCCGGCGGUUCUCCCAGGCCCUUUCGCUCAUCUUGGCUGGAGUGUGUAUCUUGGCCAACAUCUUUGUUCCUCAAGGUCUCAGCAACCUGAGGAUGAUUUUUGCCGUAAUUGGUAAAGGCUCUCUGGCCGCUUCGUUCAAUUGCGCCUACAUUUUUUCGGGAGAACUUUUCCCGACCGUGAUCAGGCAAUCCGGAAUGGGCCUGGGAGGAACCAUGGCUCGGGUGGGUAGCAUGACCGCCCCGUUGGUGAGAAUGAGCGGAGAAUUCUUCCCACCGCUGCCCCUGAUCAUCUACGGAGCAGCCCCCAUCAUUUCUGGCAUCGUCACCUGCUUUCUCCCGGAGACCCGGAACGUCCCGUUGCCGGAGACGAUCGAACAAGUCGAAAGACGGUCAAGACCCAACGAAGAAGAUGAGCUGCAAAUGAAGGUCCUCCUGCCCUCAAUCAAAUCAGAGUACCUCAAAGACGAACGCUAAGGGGCGAAAUCAGACCGCCUCGCUCCCCACCAUCACCGCACGCUAUUCCCCAUCCCCAGGGCUAGACACUGUUCUUCUGGGACUUCUCAAACUCGGGCUGCUAACCAGAGCUCACCAAAAAAGAAACAUCUGAAGGAAGACAUGGGUUUGGCAUGAAACUCACAUCUGUGAACGAAGCUGCAGAAAGGCCAAACAUGGCAUAGAAACGCAAUCUGUUUCAUGCUGGUGGAGAAGACUUGGCUAGUGGGGCUGUCUGGAACUAUGGUCCGGCAUCUGCUAACGACAAAGGGGUAUCCUUCUGCUGUCCCUUUUUCGAUUCUUCCCAUGUAAACGAGACUCAAACUAUCCAGGUCUUCCGAGAGGACACCUGCAAAAUGAGGCCCGUUGUCUGUAUCAUAAGACACACGAAUGCCUUCUCCAGAAAUUCCUGGCUGUGCACGCAGAAGACAGGCGGAGGUGCUGUGAUACGCCUUCGUCACUGACACAACUUCUUUGCGGGGAUCAAUUUCGUACAGGUCCAAGGGCAUAAAAUGUGAACUUGUCGGCUGUCCCAGACGAGCGAAUGUUGCUGCUCAUGUUUACGUUGCUUCUAUGACAAAGAUAGUCACUUUUCUUUUCUUAGAUCCCAGCCAGGGUUACAAAAUGGCUGGGUCCACAGAAUACACUCGGUUAUGGGGUUACACAAUCCAGUGAACCGUAAAUGAACCCAAUGGGCUGGUUUUGCCCACGGAGCUAAGCCCCACGUGCGCACAGACGGACACAGUUAGUUCAACUAGCUGAGCGGAGCAGCGGAGCUCGGUCGGUCUUCCCCUGACCUGGUCCAGCGUUUGUGUGAAUUCAGCCAAUCUGCAUAUUGGGUUGGCCUGAAGCAAGACAAGGGUUAGAUCGACAAAGCACAAUCGGUGACUGGAAACUCCAUAUGGACUUUCUGCGUAAACGUGAAAAAAAAAAAAGAACUUGAGAUUUAUGGCUUGGAUGAUUAGAGAGGAUAGAUUGUAGAAAGAAGAGAGUCAGGAUGUAACUUUAGAGAAAGAGGUUAAAAUAUACAGUGG